ACUUUUACAAAUAUUUUAGUGUUUUUGUUUCCUCUAACUUCUUUUUCUGUUUCUUUGCUUUGCUCUUUCCUGUUGGCAUCUGCCUUCAAAUGUCUAGUCCCUGACUGUGCAUUUGUAUUUAAAAUGAGACAUUUGAAAAUUGAUAAUUCAGGGGUACAAGAGUGAGCUUAAUCAAUGAACUUCAUUAUAUGAGAAGGAGACGGCCAACUAUUUUUGUUGCUGGUCCAUAAGAGAUCCAUAGGUAUUUUUCUGGGAUGUUUGACUCACCAUUCAAUAAGCAUAAGCCCUCUCUGUACCUGAUGUCCUAGAAUCUGAAGUGUCUCUCAGUCCUUUUUACUGGGGAGGAAUCCCAUCUCCUAUCAAGUUGAGACAGUUGCCUCAUCCAAUUGCAAGGGGAGGCAGCGUAUUUUUACUCUGCCAUCUUGAAGAAAUCAGAAGUUUCCUUCCUGUAACCCCACUCUCCUGAUUUCCACCUAUACCCAUCACCAAACCGAUCACCACCAAGUUCUGCAAGCCCUAGGCUCUCAUUGUCUCACACACACUCCACCUAGACAGUCUCAGUCGGCAUUCUGGCCUUGCCCCUCUCUACCUUCACCAAGCACUGGGCUUACCCUCACUUAAGUUUCAGCCACCACUGGUAUUAUUUUAGGUAUUUGAUCCCAGCAAAGUCCUUACAAAUGCUGACAUUUGCAGGAAUGACAAGUCAGUGGCUACAAAGCAAUACUGGUUAACACAAGGUGAUAAUAAAAUAAAUAUACUAAGGUUAAUGAAAGCCAAGUUUCUUGUUAUCAGUGGAGUUAAAAAUAGAGGAAAAUGAAUCAUGUGAUUUUGGAUUGAAAUUGGAGAUUAUCAGUGUGAACUCAAGUUUUUUUCUUUUUUUCAUAGUCUUUGACAUAGAAGGCAUAAUAGUUUUAAUAUAUAAAAUAUAGAAAUGUUUGACGUAAAUGUUUGUGUUUGUUUAUACAUAUGUAUUUCCCAGCAAUGUUCAUGACAGCAAAGACAUCCCAGUAGCAAUAAGCACAUUAAAGCUCAGAUCUUGGUUUCUAAGCAGCACCAAAAGGACCCCUGGAGAAAUAACUGAUUUCAGGACUGGAGUAGAGAAUGUAAAAAUGAGCCUGGAACAUCUCUGGACCAGAAAGUAAAAAAGUGCUCAAGUAAUCACAGGGAUUUUUUUUUCUCCUUUUUCGAGUGCAAAGGAGCUUAAAGGGGCUCCCACUGGCCAAAUUGGAGAUGAUUUGAGCAUCAAAAUAAAUAAUGAUAGUAAUGGAUUAUAACCCAUUGAAUAACAUUGGAAAUCAUGAGUCCAUAUUGAUAUGAACAAACAAGUGAAUGAGCUAAAAGUUGGAUGAACAAUCAGAUUUUUACAUACUUUCGAAGUACCUCCCCACAAAAUUCUUAUUAAUAACAAAAAGGAAAAGAAUAACUUUAUGGUAGAGCAGCUUGGCAGACACCACCUUAAGCAAGUAAUCAAUUGAGCAUUACAGGUAACAGGACAAAUUGAAAUUGUACACAACCUGCAAUGUGAAAACCGCAGCAUCACUUCUGUGAUAAUCCUGACAAAGAUGCAUAAUCUGAAUCUAAUCAAGAGAAAACAUCAAACAGACCUGCACUAAGGAACUUCUACAGUAUAACCAGCCUGUAAUCUUUAAUAGUGUCAAGAUCAUGAAAAGGAAAAACAAAAAAUCUUCCAAGUUGAAGGAGACACAAGAAAUAUGGCUAAGCAACAAUGAUUCCGAACUGAACCCUUUUCCUCUAAAGGACAAUAUUGGGACAUUUGGCAAAAUAUAAAUGGAGUCUAAGGAUUAGAGAGUAGUAGUGCAUCAGUAUCAAUGUCCUAAUUUUGUUGAUUGUGUUUUGGUUAUGUAGAAUGCCCUGGUUUGUUUGUAGAAAAUAUACAAUAAGUAUUUCGAUGAUGGGGCAUUAGGUCUGCAACAUAGUCUCAAAUGGUUCAGGAAAAAAGUUCUUUGUACUGUUAUUUGUAACUUUUCCAUAAAUUUGUUUCAAAAUAAAUGAAUUGCAUUGAUUAAAGAAAAUAAAAAACUAGUUUGGACAAGUAGUUCCCGUCCUGCAGAGUCUGCUGUCUUCAAAAUCCAAACAAAUUACAUGAGCAAGAAUGAUGGCUCACUCCCAGCUCAAUAAUCCUAAAACCACCAACACAAACCUGUAAUCCAACAAAGUCAGAUUUAUUUACUUACUGCAAUCAAGAAGACUGCACACCAGAGGAGCUGUGGGGUGUCUCACUGUACAAAAUAAAAGGUAGUUAUUGUAUGUUUUGGCGGGGAGAGUGAAGUUUAGGUGAAAUUUAAAUGAAAUCUGAAAGCAUAGCUGUGUGUAAAGGCAUUAACAUCAGGUCUGGACGAGAAUUGAAUAUAGGGCAUGUUUCCUUGGAAACUGCAAAGUUAAGAAAAUAAUAGAAUGUUUUCAGAACCGUUUAUCUGAAGCUCUACACCUGGGUAGAAACUGAGGCUGCUUCUCUGCGUCAAAGAGACUUAGAUCCUCCAGGCAAGGAUGGGACUUUUCACUCGUUCUGAUAUAAUUUCAAAUAGCAACGUUUAUGUAGACUUGAAAGAACAAGGUUUCAGCUGGGCGCGGUGACUCACGCCUGUAAUCCCAGCACUUUGGGAGGCCGACGCGGGCGGAUCACGAGGUCAGGAAAUCGAGACCAUCCUGGCUAACAUGGUGAAACCGUCUCUACUAAAAAUUACUCUACUAAAAAAAAUUAGCCGGGCGUGGUGGCGGGCACCUGUUGUCCCAGCUACUCGGGAGGCUGAGGCAGGAGAAUGGCAUGAACCUGGGAGGCGGAGCUUGCAGUGAGCCAAGAUCGCGCCACUGCACUCCAGCCUGGGCGACAGAGCGAGACUCCGUCUCAAAAAAAAAAAAAAGAAGAAGAAAGAACAAGGUUUCUCAGUGUGUAGUAAGAAUGUACUACUCACUAAAAGGGGUAAUACUUUUCCGUUGCAGUAUGUCCUAAGAGAAACAUUGUUUCCUCUUAACGUCACGUCCGGCUUUAUUUGACUCUGUUAUCCAUCCAGAUGAAAGGUUGGGCAGUUUGUUACUUUCUCAACCCGAGCUAAGUUUUACUGUCUCAGCAAGAACGACUCAGUCUCUGAAAUCAUAGCUAAUUCUCCUCUGAGGGCCUUGCUGAAGUUCUGCGUUUGUUUGCUCCGCUUUCCUCUCAUUUUGGACCUCAAGCCUUCCUGUAGUCCGAGGUCCUGCACCGGGGUCAAACGCGCCUCCGGUCUUCACGUAACCGUUCAAGCAUCCCGCCUUCCCAGGACACACUCAAAGCGUCAGAGCGGUCCGCUCUUCUCAAAUCCUAUUGGCUCGAGUCCACGCGUCUCAUGGCACUUGGGGGUGAGGCGGAAAAAGGCCUUCCCCAGGCGCGAGAAGAUGACGUCACAGUAGCCCGGCCGGGCGCCGAGGUUGCCUGGGGCUCCCUGCCCAGUAACUAGCAUUGACCGGUGCAGAUCGAGGACCCCCUCCAUCAGCGAGGCCGUCGCAAUGGCCAUUUGUCAAUUCUUCCUUCAAGGCCGGUGCCGCUUUGGAGAUCGGUGCUGGAACGAACAUCCCGGUGCCAGGGGUGCAGGAGGAGGACGGCAGCAACCGCAGCAGCAGCCUUCAGGUAAUAAUAGACGUGGAUGGAAUACAACUAGCCAGAGAUACUCCAGUGUCAUCCAGCCAUCCAGUUUCUCCAAAUCCACACCAUGGGGGGGCAGCAGAGAUCAAGAAAAGCCAUCUUUCGGUUCUUUUGAUUCUGGAGCUUCAACUAACAGGAAGGAAGGCUUUGGAUUGUCUGAGAACCCAUUUGCUUCACUUAAUCCUGAUGAGCAGAAAGAUGAAAAGAAACUUCUGGAAGGAAUUGUAAAAGAUAUGGAGGUUUGGGAAUCAUCAGGGCAGUGGAUGUUUUCUGUUUAUUCACCAGUGAAAAAGAAACCUAAUAUUUCAGGUUUUACAGACAUUUCACCAGAGGAAUUGAGGCUUGAAUACCAUAACUUCUUAACCAGCAAUAACUUACAGAGUUAUCUAAAUUCUGUCCAACGUUUAAUAAAUCAAUGGAGGAACAGGGUAAAUGAACUGAAAAAUCUAAAUAUAUCAACUAAAGUAGCUUUGCUCUCUGAUGUAAAGGAUGGAGUAAAUCAAGCAGCACCUGCAUUUGGAUUUGGCAGUAGUCAAGCAGCAACAUUUGUGUCACCAAGCUUUCCAGUCAAUAACAGCAGCAGUGAUAAUGCUCAGAACUUUAGCUUUAAAACAAACUCUGGAUUUGCUGCUGCCUCUUCUGGAAGCCCUGCUGGUUUUGGGAGUUCCCCAGCAUUUGGAGCUGCAGCCUCUACCAGUUCAGGUAUCUCUACUUCUGCUCCAGCUUUUGGAUUUGGGAAACCUGAAGUCACAUCGGCUGCAUCAUUUUCAUUCAAAAGCCCUGCAGCUUCCAGUUUUGGAUCACCUGGAUUUUCAGGACUUCCAACUUCCUUGGCAACAGGUCCUGUCAGAGCUCCAGUGGCCCCAGCCUUUGGAGGUGGCAGUUCUGUGGCUGGUUUUGGUAGUCCGGGCUCACAUUCUCACACUGCUUUUUCUAAGCCAUCCAGUGACACUUUUGGAAAUAGCAGCAUAUCCUCUUCUCUCUCAGCCUCAAGCAGCAUCAUUGCAACAGAUAAUGUGUUAUUCACACCCAGAGAUAAACUAACAGUAGAAGAACUGGAACAAUUUCAAUCCAAGAAAUUUACUCUGGGAAAAAUUCCAUUAAAGCCUCCACCUCUGGAACUUCUAAAUAUUUAAAAGGGCAGUUUUAAAUACAAAAAAGAAUGAUGUUUAAAAUUGUUUUUGAGUGAUUCAUAUAGAGAUGUAUAUAUGCAUGCAUGUGUAUAUUCAUAAGGAAUAUAAGCUUCCAUUAAUAGUGAUUUUAAAUUUUAUUUUUUUCUUAAGUCUAAAUAUUUAAGUAAAAAGUAACAAAAACUCAGCAAGCAAGGGAAUUUUUUUGUACUGUAAUUUUGAAUGGAACUGAAAAAUUGUGCACGAAUAAAUUACUUUUCUCAUGCCA